AACAGUCUAGUUGUAAUAUAGAUGUCUGUGCUUGAAGGUCUCUAAAAUGCACUAUUUGAUAUGCGUAUCAAACGAUCGGUGCAAAUAUUAAAGUUUUGAAAGAAUUGGAAAAAUAAUAUAAGAAUUUGAGAUUAGAUUAUGGACUAAGAAGUUUCAGGUAUCAAAAAAUUUAAAGUAUUAACGGAUUGAGAGCGCGCGACCAUCAAUAAUGAACGCUGAGUACGACGAAGAUCUGUCAGAGAAUCAGUUUUUGCAGGAAUUGAAGAAUGAGUAUGAUACCACGUUCCAACGAGCCAUCCAAGAAGGCUGGAUCGUGUGUGUCCCUCGCAAGGGCAGCUUUGUUGAUCGCAAGUUGAGGGAGGAUGAAAUUCUCGCUCACAUUCUGAUCCCCAAACAGGACCUGUCCAUCCAUCGAUUCGAUAGUCUUGAUGGCAGCGAGGUCCUGCUUGUUGACAAGGUCCUGACUGUUGAGCACAACGAUACUGAACGAUACUCUGCACAAUUGCUCUUUAAGGAGACCUUCUACAGCAUGGAUUCACAUAAAUAUCACGUAUGGUGCAUAGAAUGCCCCUUAAAGCCUAGUCUACACAUAUCGGACAGCUGUGUGAACAUUAUCACCAAUUUCCAGGAAGCGAUACACUUCCUUGUGGAAUUGCUUGACAAGCAGCUCCGUGAUGACUUCAAAGCCAAGAUAAAAUCGUUUCUACAGGCUAACAAGAAUCUGGAAUGUAAACCGGUGCAGGUGCAAAGUGAUCUGGUACACGAGUUAUACGCAAACUGCCUCAGAAUGUUGCUGGAAAACUCAGCGUUAGGAAAAAAAGCCUCAGAUAGUAAGCACUAUUACUGCAACAUCCGAGUAUCGCUAGAAACGUACAUUCUGUAUGCUCUGAGGAACGUGCUGCUGAAAUCGCUGUCCGCUUGCACCGCCGUAAACGAUGCGUGCUUGAACAAGAUCAUUCGGAACUUGGACGGAAUCCAAUUGAGCCAUCUCCAGAUAAGGUCGGACUUACAGUCUCGCAUUCACGGUGGAAGGAUGGAACUGUCGCGAUUGGAUAAUUUUAUGACCGUGUUGGGUAAAAUCGAGUGCCUCCGAAGGGCCGUGAAGUAUGUGUCGUGCGGAAAAUCGUCCGUCUCGUCGGACGAUCUUCUGCCGGUGCUUGUGUUUCUCGUCAUCAAAGCCGGUCUCUCGAAUUGGAUGGCGCAAUUGUUCUUCAUGAAACACUUCCGCCUCUCCGCGGGCUCCGAUCACGAGGCGGAUGAAGCCGGCUUCCUGAUAACGUCCUUGGAGGCGGUCAUCGAGUAUAUUAGAUCCGGUGUGAUACACAAUGGGGACAAUUUGGACAAAUUAAACAAACUGAAAAAUGAAGCGGAAUGUUCGUCGAUCAGUCAUCUGUUCGCGUGCAUCAAAAGCGGCAAUCUGUGCGAGGUUGAGAAAAUAUUGGCCUGCGACGCAUCUAGCCACGUUGCUCUUUGCCAUCCUCUGUGCACCUGCACUUCCUGCGAGCAAAACUGGACGAAGCAUCAGGAUCUAAACGCGUGUCUGAAAGACGACACGGGUGACAACACCAAUCUGACGGCGUUGCACGUCGCGGUGCUGUACGAUCAGAUAAUGAUCGUGGAUUUUUUUCUGGAUCGCACAGAUAUAAACGCCGCCGAUUCGGACGGCCUGACGGCUCUACAUUACGCCUGCAUGAAGAAUCACCAAAAUAUUCUGUUGCUGUUGCUGCACGAGAACGCGGAUCCCCGGGUGGCGGACUCCCGGGGAAAUACGCCUCUACACCUGGCCGUGGACCGCGGUCAUGAGAGUUGUGUGAAGGCAAUGCUGUACUUCUCGGAACACAUGAACGUGCCAAUAGACCCGAACACGGCGAACGAUAACGGCGAUACACCGUUACACCUGGCGGCCAAGUGGGGCUAUCACGCGAUUGUUCGUAUUCUCUUGGAAUGUGGCGCGAAAUGCGAGCCGACCAACAAAAAGGGUCAGACGCCGCUUGCCAUCACCUACAACAAAAGAAUCGCCGGCAUGCUCAAGUGCCACGCAGGGACGGGCGAUAUCGACAGCAACAGUAUCCCGCUUUCGCAUACUCUUCAGCAACCUUGUCAGUUGCCUCUUCAACAACCACCGGAAUGGGCUGCAACGUCGUUGAAGAACAAGGACCUACUGAAGUUCGCCGAGCGCUCCAAGAAUUACGAUAACGCGGUGCAGCAACACGUGGUGGACAGGUUGCUCGCUGCUAUAACCGAAGGUGACAUCUGUCUGGCGUGUUACUAUCUGGGACUAGAAGGAUAUCGCGAGCAUCCAUCGUCAGACGUUCGCCCGUGCCCGUGUCAUCAUCCGCUGUGUGACUGUGAGCAUUGCUCGACGGCCGCCGAGCGCAAGCUGGAACGCAAGCGGAGACGACGCGCGAUCGCGAUCAACGCGUGCAACAGCCUCGGUGAGACGGCAUUGCACGUAGCAAGCGCGACCGGGCGCACGAGGAUGGUGCAGUUACUGCUGGACGCCGCCGCGAAUGUAAACGUAACGACCAAAUCGGAGAUUCGUACACCGCUGCACCUGGCGUGCCUGAACGAGCACAUCGACGCCGCGAAGCUGCUGUUGAACUGCGCGACCUGCGACGUGAACGCGAAGGACUGCAACGGCGACACACCGUUGCACGUUGCAAUAGAGACUGGCAACGUGAAGCUCGUCGCUUUGUUGGUGAGGCACGGGGUGAACAUUAACGCGCGCAAUCUGCAGAACGUGAACGUGUUGCAGCAAGUGUUGGCUAAACUAUCUGUCGUCUUUUCGGAUAAUUAUGCCAGUAUACUAAAAAUUCUGAAGCAAAACGCAGCGGAGUUGACGGACGAUUAAUUUAAUUUUUACUGCGCUGCUUUUACUUGCUUCAUAGUUUCCUCAGGAUUUUCACAUGCGCGUGAUAUCUUCAUGCGAACACGCAAUGUCUCCAAGAAAUGCGUCAGGAAGGAGAUGGAACGUCCAUUCUUCCUGCCAGUUACCUCAGAAUACCAAAGAUUAUAAAGCAAUAUUUUAUAUAAGCGUAUCAUGACAAAUAAUUUGUUUUAUUACUAAUUAAUUAUAUAUUAUAUAUUAAUUAUAUAUUAUAUUUAUUAUAUAUUAAUUACUAGAAUUAGAACUAAUUCUAAUUCUAGUAAUUUUUCUAUUUAUUUUUCUGUAGAUAUAUAUUGUUAAAAAAGCACUUUCUAGCUUUAUAACGUUCAUUGAGAUUUAAUUCUGGCCUUGGCAAAUAAUAUGCCAUAGAUGUCUAUCACGAUUCUAAAGCCGAAUUUCACAUAGAGUAUCCUUAUGUUAGCUAUUUCUCUUUACGUUACUACUGUGAAUUUUCGCCUUUAGAAUUGUUUGCACAAAUCACGUGGUUAAGCUUAAUAUCCAUUAAGAGUAAUAUCCGUGCCUGUAAUCUUUCUAACAGCUACAAAAUAAGUGAACUAACUAAGUACAAUGAGCGUAACGAGUGAGAUUCGUUUUAUACAUUUUAUAUUUGUAUAGUUAUACUUAAAUAGUUCUGUACAAAUUACAUUAAAAACAAAACUUAUAAAAAUAUGAUUGUUUUG